AUGAGCUACUCUAUCCUAUCAGCCACCAUAUGGCUUCUCUUUUGUUUUCACACUGUGUCUGGCACUUUCUUGUCCCAGAUUGAGCCUUGUCCUGACUAUUGCGGAGAUAAAGACCCGAAAGAUUGGACUGUCUACUCGUCAUUGACGCCUCUAAGUCAGUGUAACCAACCAAUUCUAUUCGACUUCAACAUUCACACUCCUGUCGACGCGAACACGGUCUUCAAGUUGCGUGCUUGCAAUGCUGGCGAUGCCUUGCCUUCGUCUGUGGCUCAUGUGGGUGAAAGCAACCCCAUAAAGGCCGCCCGCUCCAUUGCAGCUCCCAAGAAUGUAUCUGUCAGCAGCUCUGGCACGGCUACAGAGGUGCCCUUUCAAUUGCUAGUUGGGGGGCCUUCAGCAUCCGCAGCAGCUGAUGAUUACACAGCCAUCCUCUCUGCCGUGCAAAAACGUCUUCAGAGCCAGGCGAAGAACGAGACGGGUGCAACUAUUCUAUUCGGCUACUCCAACGGCGUUGCUGUUGGCAUGUUUGUCGGGGCUGGCAUCGAUCCUGCCGCAGCUCCUCAAGUUUUCAAACACCUACUUAGCCAGCAACCGGAAAGCGAAAUGGUGGUCCAGCUCUGUGGUAAUAGCCGCACAGCAAACUACGUCUACGGCCUGUCUGUCAACACGAAUGGCGACGUUAGUUCAGUUCAACAGGAUGUACUCAGCUGGUGGAAUGCCGAGUGUGUGGAGAAAAGCUCUUCUGAUAUAACCAGUGAUUCCUUCAAGGUCAACAUGGUGGACCAAAGCUCCAGUAAGAUAAUUUCUUCGUCUGUUAAAAACACUCGCAGAGACGGAACAUGUGAAACCGUCACUGUGGUCAGUGGCGAUUCUUGCGGAAGCCUGGCCUCAGAGUGCGGCAUAUCCGCCAAUGACUUCACAACCUACAACUCGCAGCACACUGAUCUCUGUUCGACCCUGGCCAUCGGAGAGAAGGUAUGCUGCACAUCAGGCGGGUUACCCAACUGGCAGCCUUCAGCCAACUCGGAUGGAACAUGCGUAGUGUACAACGUUCAGCUGGGCGACAACUGUGCUGCCAUUGCGGCCAACUAUGGAUGGCAAAUCAGCGACCUCAACGACUUCAACGACAAAACUACCUGGGGAUGGUCUGGCUGUGACUCACUACCCGCGGGCAUCGCCAUGUGCGUUAGCAAGGGAACUCCCCCUUUACCUGCGAGUGUAAGCAAUGCCGUGUGCGGUCCCACGGUCCCGGGCACAACACAACCUGACAACGGUACUGCCAUUGCAGAUCUGAACCCAUGUCCGCUUAACUCCUGCUGUGAUAUCUGGGGUCAGUGCGGCAUCACAGAGCUCUACUGUAAUCCUGAGAAGGGCCCUACUGGGAACCCAGGAACAGCUCCUACGGGAUCAUAUGGUUGUGUAUCAAACUGCGGAACGAAUGUUACCAACAAUGGCUCUCCGCCGUCCAACUUCAUCUCGGUUGGCUACUAUGAGCAAUUCAAUUGGGACCGCGAAUGUCUAAACAUGCGAGUUUCGGAUCUACAGGACAGCUCUUACACUCACAUUCACUGGGCGUUUGCUGGGGUAAAUGAUGACUUCUCCGUCAAUGUUACAGAUGACGGUAACCAGUUUCAAGACUUCCUUAAGCUCUCGGGGGUUAAGCGCGUCGUCUCCUUUGGAGGCUGGGGAUACUCGACUGAUCCGUCGACUUAUGCCACGCUACGCAAUGCCAUGACAGAUGCAAACCGGGAUACAUUUGUGGACAAUAUCAAGCUCUUUGCGACUGUAAACAACCUUGAUGGCAUUGACAUUGACUGGGAGUACCCUGGUGAGCCGGAUAUCCCAGGUAUCCCGGCAGGUGAAGCAUCCGACGGACCAAACUACCUCCUGUUCCUGAAAGCAUUGAAAGAUGCGCUCGGUGAUGACGUCUCACUAUCAAUUGCUGCACCGGCUUCCUACUGGUACCUCAAACAGUUCCCUAUCAGUGAUAUGAGUGAAGUGGUUGACUACAUUGUCUACAUGACGUACGAUCUACACGGACAGUGGGACUAUGGCAACAAAUACGCGCAGGACGGUUGUCCCGAUGGUAACUGUCUCCGAAGUCACGUCAAUCUCACCGAGACAGAGUAUACUCUCGCCAUGAUCACCAAGGCGGGAGUGAACGCCAACAAAGUUGUUGUCGGUAUCUCGUCGUAUGGCCGCUCGUUUGGUAUGACGGACCCAAGCUGCACCGGUCCUGAUUGUACUUUUGAAGGCGAAGUCGUAGAUGGCACUGGGGGCGGUUCGACCGCAGACUUCGGACGAUGCACUUCCACUCGUGGCUAUAUCUCAAAUGCCGAAAUUAACGAGCUGAUAGUAAGUAAUGUCGCCAAGGGUUGGUACGACGACGGCUCCAACUCAGAUAUGGCCGUUUGGAAUACGACCUGGGUUGCGUAUGAAAGCAUUGACACUCGCACCACCCGGACCAGCUAUUACGAGGGUCUCAACUUUGGUGGCACCAUUGACUGGGCUGUUGACCUGCUCAGUUUCACCGGCGACGAUGGAGACGAAACUGAUCCGGACACUGAUGAUAGCGGUGAUGGCAGCUACCCCUUGCCGGAUCUGUCUUGCUCUGACACGUACGCGACACUCGACGAUAUUCAAGCUGCAGCCGACUCAAUCCCAUCAAUUUGUGCUGCCAUAUACAUGGUCCAGGCUCUGCAAACCAUUUACACCAAUGCCAUGACUCAAUACGAUGCCCUGAUGGACAAGGGGUACGACGAUAAGUUCAAAAUCUAUGCAGGCGUUGUCGUCGACCACGCCGGAGACUCGAUGACUCAAAUGAUCUACGAGAAUGGAACCAAGUACUUUGAUUGUAUCGUAGCUGAGAUGAACUUUUGUUGCUCUGACUGCGACUCUUCAAAUGGCGGUUGUGACUACUGUCGUAAUGACACUUCGGGCUGUGCGGAAUCCUGCAACCCUCGCUACGGCACUUGUACUCCCCUCAAGCGCGAUACAUACGCUCGCCUAGACGAUGGCUUGUUCGCCCGUGACGUUAGACUCAUUCCUGGAUACUCCCAAGAGCCCGAGCCGUGCCCUCCUGACUAUUCAAAGCACGGCUAUGGUGAAACUGACACUGACGGGACGCCUUCCAAUUCAAUUUGGUGGAGUUUCCAGGACGACAACGCCACGGCUCAGUUCUAUGCGGACCUUUACUCCCAGACGGCUAUUCCAAAGAACAAAACGUCAAUCCAGACCCACGUUCGCUAUAACAAUGAUUGUGCGCCGUCAGCGUCCCUAGGCGACGGUGAUAACUGCUGGAACCUCGGUGUGGAUUAUACCAUCCCAUACGUUCACAACUAUACAGAGUCCGAUGUCAUCAACCCUAAGGACGUGGUGACGGCUGCUACAGCGAACGCGACCGACCUUCUAGGCCAGAUCGCCGAUGUCCUCGAGUCUAUGCAGAGUGGGCUAUAUGAUGGUGAUUUCAUGGACGUUGUCGAUUCCAUCUCUAUCCCCAUCAUGAUGAUCAACUCAUCCAUCACAGAAAUGGCGACCAUCGAAACCGUCGCUGACGAGAUUACAAAAGAGAGGCGUAUGGAAAUUAUCAUGGCCUUCUUUGGCGCUGUCCUAUUCCUGGUCCCUAUUGCCGGAGAGCUCAUGGGCUCUGUUGCAGAACUGGCAGAGAUUGGAUCCAUCGUCUCGGCUGUUGGGAGCGCCGGAAAUAUCGCCUUUGACAUUUAUUCAGUUGCUAGCGAUCCCAACAACGCCCCUCUCGCCAUUAUGACGGCCAUUUUUGAGCCCCUGGCCUUGCUAGAUAUCGCUAAGGUAGCUAAGGCAGCUUCUAUCAGGAGAGGUAUGUCUGCCACGGAUGUUGCCAAGCUAGGUAACCAGGUCAAGCCUAUAUUAGACAAGAUUGACUCCAUUAAGUCAGCAUCUGCCUGCGUGCGAUAA